GUGAAUGCAACAAAUACACUUUGCCAUCAUUUGUGCUGUUACUGGACCUUUGGAUCUGACAACUGGCUUUUCUAGAACCCCUGACUCUGAACCAGGCUUGCUGCCUGGAACUCGGUGACCCUAGACUGGACUUUGGAAGGAAACCCAUCAGAAGACUGCACUGACCUCAAAUUGCAGUGGGUGAAAUGUCUGCAACCUACAGCUAUGGCCAGGAGCCGGUUCGCUGCCGCCGCCGCUGCCGCUUGGGCACAACUGAUCAUGAAGAAACAAGAGGAGCGUAGGAGGAAGAACCCGGGAGACAAUCGGCGCCCCUUCCCAUCACCUUCUCCGGGGUGCGGAGCUUUGGACUGGGGGAUCAGAUUACAAACUCCCCCUGUGAAGGGGUGACCAAGCUGGCUACAAAGCUGAAGUUUCUGUUUGCUAUUUGAGGGUGAAUCAGUAAGGCAGAGGAGGAAAGAAGCCUGCCUCCCUCAUCGCCAAGGAGGGAGAGGAGCGUACCCAUCACCUUGGUCCUUCUCCAUCCGCUUCCAUUGACCAUGAAGAGGAAACAGAAAAGAUUUCUACAAAUGACAUUGUUGUUCGCUGUGACUCUGAUUUUUCUGCCAAACAUUGGGCUAUGGUCUUUGUACAGGGAAAAACAUCUGGUGAAAUCUACAGAGCUGGGAGAACAGCAGAUGUUCCCAAUGGGGUUUGGAGAUGGACAACUAUAUACCUGGACAGAUGGCUUGAAAAGAAAGGACUGGCAUGAUUAUGAAAGUAUUCAAAAAGAUGCCAUGCGUGCAGGGAAAGGUGAACAGGGAAAGCCAUACCCCCUCACAGAAGAAGACAACGAUGAUUCUGCUUACAGGGAAAAUGGUUUCAAUAUUUUUGUGAGCAACAACAUUGCCCUGGAGCGCUCAUUACCAGACAUUCGACAUCCUAACUGUAAGCACAAGGUAUACUUGGAGAAGCUUUCGAAUACUAGUAUAAUUAUCCCAUUCCAUAAUGAAGGUUGGACUUCACUUUUGCGAACCAUACACAGCAUUAUUAACAGGACUCCAGAUAUCCUGAUAGCGGAAAUAAUCCUCGUGGACGACUUCAGUGACAGAGAACACUUGAAGGAGAGGCUAGAGGAAUAUAUGGCUCGGUUUGCUAAAGUGAGAAUUGUGCGUACUAAGAAACGAGAAGGGCUCAUUCGCACUAGACUGCUUGGAGCCUCAAUAGCUAAAGGAGAAGUCUUGACCUUCCUGGACUCGCACUGUGAAGUCAAUGUGAACUGGCUGCCUCCCUUACUCAACCAGAUUGCACUCAACCACAAAACCAUUGUGUGUCCCAUGAUCGAUGUCAUUGACCACAAUCACUUUGGCUAUGAGGCACAAGCAGGGGAUGCCAUGCGUGGAGCUUUCGACUGGGAGAUGUACUACAAAAGAAUACCAAUUCCUCCAGAGCUCCAGAGGGCUGAUCCCAGUGACCCCUUUGAAUCCCCCGUCAUGGCUGGAGGUCUGUUUGCUGUUAACAGAAAGUGGUUUUGGGAUCUUGGUGGCUAUGAUCCAGGUUUAGAAAUCUGGGGUGGGGAGCAGUAUGAAAUCUCCUUCAAGGUCUGGAUGUGUGGAGGUGGCAUGUUUGAUGUUCCAUGUUCAAGAGUUGGGCACAUCUAUAGGAAGUAUGUCCCUUACAAGGUCCCAUCUGGAACCAGCCUAGCAAGAAACCUGAAGCGCGUGGCAGAAACGUGGAUGGACGAGUUCGCAGAGUACGUUUACCAGAGGCGGCCCGAGUACAGACAUCUCUCCACCGGUGACAUCUCAGCCCAGAAGGAGCUUCGAAAGCACCUGAAGUGCAAAGACUUCAAGUGGUUCAUGGCUGCAGUGGCUUGGGAUGUCCCUAAAUACUUUCCGCCAGUGGAGCCCCCUCCUGCUUCCUGGGGAGAGAUUCGAAAUGUGGCAGCAAAUCUCUGUGUGGACAGUAAGCAUGGAGGCACAGGAACUGAACUCAGGCUGGAUAUCUGUGUGAAGGAUGGCUCAGAACGGACAUGGUCACAUGAGCAGCUCUUCACUUUUGGUUGGAGGGAAGAUAUCCGCCCAGGAGAGCCUCUUCACACCAGGAAAUUCUGCUUUGAUGCUGUUUCACACAGUAGUCCUGUUACACUUUAUGAUUGUCAUGGUAUGAAGGGCAACCAACACUGGAGCUAUAGGAAGGACAAAACUUUGUUCCAUCCGGUGAGCAGCAGCUGCAUAGAUUGUAACCCAGCAGAGAAGAAGAUUUUCAUGAACAGAUGUGAUCCUUUAUCUGAAACUCAGCAGUGGAUUUUUGAACAUAUUAAUACGACUGUUUUAGCAAAAAUUAACAGCAAAACCAGCUCUUAGGAAGAAGAUAUAAGACUGUUCUGUACAGAUUGCAAGCAAUGCCUUGGCUGGCAUCUGGGUCACAGGAGUCAGAAAUUAAGUUUCCUAGAUCCAGGAAAUCACUUCUGAAGAUUAAAGAAAUGUCAGGGCAAAAGCCGACAUGCUGUCAUUGUGGAUGGACGAUGUCUGAAGAGCUUGGCUGAGGGACUUCACCAGCUGUUGCUGAGGCCCUUCCGGUUGACAGUUCCCUUGCUGGUCAAGGGAAAACUUUAUUUAAAAAAAUGUUUCAAUACACUCCAUGUUAAUAAAAUAAAAAAGAGUUUUAGAGUCUCAGGUCAAACCCUGCUAUAGUGAGUAGCUAUGAAUAGUUGCUAUUACUUAUGGCGGCUUCACAGAGUGCAUGAUUCCUGUGGGAAAUUGCAGAUACCACAGAUGUAGACCUAGCAAGUCCUCUGGGAUAUUUUGAGUAUCCCAGAACUGAAGGCAAGGGGCGUUUUCGCACAGGGCUUACCCUGGAGCGACGUCCCUCUUCACCGCGCAGCGUCUGUGUGGAUUUCGCACCAACUGCUCCGCAGAACCCGGAAGAGCCGCAAAGUCCCACGGCUUUUGCAUCGCAAAUGUAAACCGCCAAAAACCAGUUUACAUUUGCAACGCAAAAGCCACGGGACUUUGCGGCUCUUCCGGGUUCUGCAGAGCAGUUGGUGCGAAAUCCGUGCAGACGCUGCAUGGUGAAGAGGGACAUCGCUCCGGGGUAAGCCCUGUGCAAAAACGCCCAAGCUGUGUGUUCUGGUGCCAUUUCAUUCCUCUUGGAAAAAGUCAGAUUUAUGAGGGUUAAUUAAAAUAAAGUGUUAUUUGGGGUCAUUUAAAGUACCUCCCCAUUGUGUUCCUUUCACUGUUGAAAUAGGAAUGGGGUUUUUUAAAAAACAAAUGUAAGAGUAAUUUUAGAGUUGCAUUUUGAAUGAAGCAUGAAAAUGAUUGUAAGGUGUCAAACUACCAUUUCUCUUCUGCAGUUGAAGAAAGAAUCAUUUCCAUCAAAGCAAUUAAAUAAAAUUUCCAUCCAUUUUACACAGUGCUAUGGAACAAUCAUCUGCAAUUAUUCAUCAUCUACGAGACAAGCCAAAAAACGACAAGGUGGCCUCAUCCUUCUUCACCAUUAAAAUGAAAUAUGAGAUUUAUAAUAGCACAAAGCAAGGUUUGCCUAAAAAGAUUUCCUCUUGGAAGCCUACGUUCCUUUUCAGGAAUCGUUUAUUAUAAAACUUCUGCGUUGAUUUAAUUCAUUGCAGUCACCAAUGGAAGAGGCAUGAUGAAUCUGACUGGGUGGGCCAAUUGAGCACUGAUGUACUGCCUUGAGCCUCUACCUGUGUUUGCACAGUCCUGCAGGGAUGGUAAUGGAAGGAGGAGAAUGUUCAAGGCAGCUAAGAAGCUAAGAGGUUUCUUGGAAACCAGAUGAGCAUUCUGUGAAGUAAUGGCUGAAACUGGGGGGCAUUGGCUCAUUUUCAAUUAAUACGAUACAUUUAGCAUAUCACAGACUGUGUGGAGGGUUGUAUGUGUGGUACUCCCUAACAUCUGGGUAUCCAACAUCUCAAGACUCUGCUUCUUUGAAAAAGAGAACUGCUUUUGAGAACUAAGUUUCAUAAUCGAGAACGGCAUAGUGCAUCUUUUGCAAUUUGCACGAGAGGGGAAUCUCAAGGUUUGAAACCCACCCACCCCUUUGCAAUAAUAUGAGAAGAGAAUACUAGUCUAGCUUUCUUCCUGUUUUUCCAUGCACAAAGAGCUUUUCAUAUGAGGAAGCCAUCUGAAGUAGCACUGAAGAGCUGCACUAUGUGAUUUUGGCAGAGCAUGUGGCAAGAUCUUGAAUGCACCCUUAAGCAGAGAUCUUCUCCUUGGAAAAGUGCUUGUAUACUUAUUAGUCAUGUGCAGACAGUGUGCAUCAAUGGGCAGUAAAUGCACAUUUAAAGCUGCCCCAAGAAUCAGGGAAAAUGAGAAGCUGGAAGAGAAAUGGUAUGGUUUUGCAACUGAGAAGUACUGAGGCUUUUAAUAGUAUGUUCAAGCCAGAAUGUCCUUGUUCUGAUUAGUUGUUCAUGUUCUGACCCUAUGAGAAGAAAGCAGAUUUUUAAAAUGGUUUGAAAAUCAUUGUUCUUAGCAGAAAUAAAUGAGCAGAUUGAUCUUGUUUAUUACUUUUAAA